UUUCACAAAUUUCAAUGCCCGUAGCUCCGCCCCUGAGAGGGCCACGUCCUUAACCUUGGGCUUGUUGGAAAGGUCUGGUUCGGGCCUUUCCAACGAACCCAAACGUAAGUCUCUCUGACCUUCCACGGCCGAGCAAAUGAGCUCUGAAUACAAGCGUUUUUCACAAAUUUUCUAAAGUGGAAAUCACCAACUCGGCCGAGGAACGUCGUAGAGACGUGCGGUUGGUGUCAUUUGAAAGCUCCCUCGGGCCCCUUCAAAACGCACCCACCCCCAGGUCUCUAGGACCUCCCCUUCCGGAGAUAUAACAAAUGAGCAUAUAUAUUCAAAUGCCCGUAGCUCCGCCCCGGAGAGGGCCACGUCCUUGACCUUGGGCUUAUUGGAAAGGUAUGGUUCGGGCCUUUCCAACGAACCCAAGUUCAAGUCUCUCCGACCUUCCUCGGCCAAGCAAAAGAGUCCUAAACUUUAGCCUAUUUCACAUAUUUUACUCACAAAAAAAAACACAAAGUCCAAGCCUUUUUCACCCUAUUUCAAAGACCCGUAGCUCCGCCCCAGAGAGGGCUACGUCCUUGACCUUGGGCUUGUUGGAAAGGUCUGGUUCGGGCCUUUCCAACGAAUCCAAGUUCAAGUCUCUCCGAUCUUGCUGGGCCAAGAUAUAGCGCCCUGGAUAUUUUACUUUUUCACAACUUUCAAUGCCCGUAGCUCCGCCCCAGAGAGGGCCACGUCCUUGACCUUGGGCUUGUUGGAAAGGUCUGGUUCGGGCCUUUCCAACGAACCCAAGUUCAAGUCUCUCCGACCUUCCUCGGUCAAGCAAAAGAGCCCUAAACUUUAGCCUACUCCACAUGUUAUACUUAAAAAAAAACACAAAGUCCAAGCCUUUGUCACCCUAUUUUAAAGACCCGUAGCUCCGCCCCAGAGAGGGCUACGUCCUUGACCUUGGGCUUGUUGGAAAGGUCUGGUUUGGGCCUUUCCAACGAACCCAAAAGUAAGUCUUCGGUCGAGCAAAAGAGCCCUAAACUUUAGCCUAUUUCACAUGUUUUACUCACAUAAAAACACUAAGUCCAAGCCAAGGUCUGUGUGCACACUGUGACCUUUAACCUCCAUGAGCUAAAGUGAACAAAACAUUAUUAAUGUGUGUCAUAUGUGCAUACAAGGCCUGCGUGCACACUGCGUGUCGUAUGUGCAUACAGGGCCUAUGUGCAUGCUUUAUUAAUGUGUGUGAUAUGUGUAUAAUGUGCAUACAAGGCCUGUGUGCAUAAUGUGUGUCAUGUGUGCUUAAUGUGCAGACAAGGUCUGUGUGCACACUGUGACCUUUAACCUCCACAAGCUAAAGUGAACAAAGCUUUAUGAAUGUGUGUCAUAUGUGCAUAACGUGCAUACAAGGCCUGCGUGCACACUGCGUGUCAUAUGUGCAUACAGGACCUAUGUGCAUGCAUUAUUAAUGUGUGUGAUAUGUGUAUAGUGUGCAUACAAGGCCUGUGUGCACAAUGUGUGUCCUAUGUGCACAGAAGACCUGCGUGCACACUUUAACCUCCAUGAGCUAAAGUGAUAAAAGCAUCGUUGAUGUUUGUCAUAUGUGCAUAAUGUGCAUACAGGGCAUGCGGGCAUACUGUGACUCAACAAAGUGCACACUAAAUUUCAUAUAAUUAAUAAAAAAUUGAUUUAGAAUUAAUAAAGUAUACACUACUUAGUAUAGUUCAAUGGUAUUUAGCUGUCGUAGUCCACAAACUGCAAAGGAAAGUGCGUGUAGUCCACAAUCUGCAAAGGGAAGUGUGUGUAGUCCACAAACUGCACAGGAAAAAGGCUUGCGAUCCACAAUCUGCAUCAGACAUAUUUGUUUACAGAGUUGUUUACAAACUCAAGGGAUCAAUGCAGAUAGUCCACAAAUUUCAUAUCCCAUUUCAUAAUACUUUAAAUUGCCAAGUUACUUUAUAGAAGACCACAGUACCACUUCUGAUUUGUGAACGUUAGUGAUAGCUCUUUGAAUAUGGCAAUCGAUAGCUGCCCGAUCUGCUUUAAAAGCUUUUCUCAAUUGAGCCAGCACCUCCGGGUGACCCACGGGAUAAAGAACUUGACCGAGAGGAAGCUGCUCCUCGCGCUGCAGUCGGGUAGGGUCAGUGUCCGUGAGGGACACUGCCCUGUCCCGGCCUGCCAAAAGGAGACGUCGAGGCUGGACCGGCACCUAAAGUCUCACACAGAGCUCACGGUGGCAGCUCGCAGGGCAGCCGUGGCCGAGAUGAAGAGGAAGAAAGUCAUGUCGGACUUGGCUGCCCUGCGUGCCACGGGACCGGAGGUUCCAAUGGCUUCCACGCUUGACCUGGAGGAGGCGGAGGGCCGAGCGGAGAUGGCGAGCGGCGAUGAAGAAGUCUGUGAGCGGGGGGCUUGCCGGCAGGCGAGGGAGAUGGUGGCUGACCUCAACAGCCAGGUUGAGACCCUCUCUGGCACGUUAAGGGAACUGACCCGUCGGUUCCGAAAAAUGCAGCGGCGGUGGAAGAAGGGGCCUGCGGCGCACUUGAACCAAGUGACUCGUAAGUUAAUGGGGUCGUUCUCGGAUGACAGGGAGCACGACGGCGAGGAAGAUUUCGUGCCGCCUACCCCGCUGCAGCAUCCAUCCACCCCCCCGGCGUCCUCCUCCUCACAGCAGUCCAUUCCAAAUUCGCCUGGGCGCUCCGGCAAGUCCAGCCCCAACCCUCACUUCCCCGACCACGUCUCGGCCUUGAACGUCCUGAUGGAGCAGUACAGGGAUCAUCAAGAGGGGCCAGAUCCCACCCCGAAGCUCCGGGAGAACGUGAGCGGUAAAAUCUACCGCAUCCGAAAAUUUAUGGCGUACAUGGCGAUGGAGGGUGGAAGGCUUCAGACCCUCGAGUUUCUUGACAAUUCGGAGCGGCUCCGCAAGUGGGUGUCGAGCCUGAGGGUGACGGCAAUGAAAGAAACAACCUUGAACCACUAUUUAAAAAAUGUUUCCCAAUUUUUAGACUACAUUGCCGCCACCCCGCCUCCGACCUGCCGCCUCUCAAAGAAGGCCAUGUUGGGCAUCCGCAGGGAAGUGAAGUUGAUGCUGAGGUACAUGAGGCGCCCCGUCACGGUGCACCAGAUGUCGGUGAAGCGCAAGAAAGACGAGCGCCUCAUCAGCAAGGCCCUCUUGGGGCUUUGCAGAGAGCGCUCAAAGGCGGGGAUCAACGAGAAACUCGAGCAGCUGAAGUCUGAGAGGUCCCAAAAGGCACAGUACCUGCUUUACGGGUACAUGACGGCGUUCCUGGCCUCCAUCUAUGGCCACAGGUGCGGCGUUUACCAGAACAUGACCAUUGAGGAGGUCAGGAACGCCGUCCAUACGUCCGACACAUGGCUGAUAAAUGUCAACAUGCAUAAGACGAACCAGGCCUUCGGGCCUGCUCAGAUCGCCCUGAGCAAGGAGGAGUACGGAUGGUUCACGCGAUUCUUGGAAAUCAAGGAUGACCUUGUGGGCGGGCCUGGGGCAACAUUUUUCUUCUUCACUUCAUCCAAAAAACCGUGCAAAAACCUCAACAACUAUUUUCAAGCGGCGUGGGCGGAUAUGGGGCUUCCAGGGAGCCCCACGUUCACAGACCUCCGGUCCGCCAUUGCGACCCAUGCACGGAACGCGGCCGACACGGAGAGCCGUACCAAGAUGGCCCGUUUCAUGUGCCACGACACGCGCACGGCGGACAAAUUUUAUGCCUGCAAUCUGACGGCGAAGCAGGCGUGGGAGCACCGCACGCUCUUUGAGACGGCGCUGGAGGGGCCGGAUGCCACACCCGAAAAGAACACCGAAAGCCGUCCAAAAAAGGCGUCCCGGAAGCGGCCUGCUGCAGCGGUCCAGCCCGACUCCGAGUCGAUGUCCUCGGCGACGACGACCGAGGACGAAGACGAGCCGGUGUUCCAGGAGUCUGGCGUGUCUGCAUUGGAGUCUGACGAGUCUAACUCGGAAGACCACAGGGCUGGACCAUCGGCGAUUGCGCAGUGUAGAAAGCUGACGGUGACACUGACGCCACUGAAAAGGAAUCCACAUAAAAGGAGCAUCCAGAAGGUGAUGAAAAGCCCCUCCAGCGCCAAAUCGACACCAGGGAAACCGAAACGGCCAAAGGUCCAAAAGGUCUUCACUCCACAGGCCAUCGCCAAGGCAAAGGUGGCCCAGAAAAAGGUGAAGAAAAUGCUGAAGAAGCGUUCACAGAAAAAGAAGUGAUCCCCAGGCCUGCCCCAAGAUUUUUGGACUGUUCUACCCUGUUCUGCCCCGUUCUUACCCAUCUGCGUUCUGAACUGUUCUGCCCCGUUUUUUUUCGUCGUUCUUAACUGUUUUGCCCCGUUCUUUCCCCCGUUACGAACUGUUCUGCCCCGUUCUGCCCCGUUCUUACCCCGCCCCGUUCUGCCCCAAUGUGCCCCGUUCUGCAUCGUUCUUUCACCGUUGUUAACUGUUUUGCCCCGUUCUUUCUGCUUUGUGAACUGUUCUGCCCCGUUCUGCCCCAAUGUGCCCCGUUCUGCCCCGUUCUGCCCCGUUUUGCCCCAUUUUGCCCCAUUUUGCCCCGUUCUGCAUUUUUUUUUAUUGUUGCUGUUGAUGAUGCUGUUGCUGU